GAAAAUCUCUUGUUGGGAUAUAAGUGUAGAGCAAGUGCGCCCCAACCCUGCAAAACGAAAGAGUUUAGUGUAGCGAUGGCUGAUGUUUCAGAUUCACGAGAACACCCCGUUCUUGGUUCAGCGCAAUUGUUGGUGGAGCUGGAAUCUGCGCUGGGCGGUGAGAAAACGGUGACGGCGCAGGCUUCUUCUUCUUCCUUAGGCUUGGGGAUUGAGGUUAUCGACGAAACGGCGUUGCUAGACUCCGUUGCGAAGAAGAACGGAGGAACCAAGAACAAUCACCAGAAGUCUCAGCCCUCAAAUAAGAUUGGGAACAGAAAGUACUCGCGUAAGGAGUUGGAGGGUCUGAGAUUCCUGAACAUGACCCGACAGCGCAAGUUCUGGAAAGCAAUUCACGCUGCCUUUCAAAGCACCGUGGCCAUCGAGUAUGACACUUUAGCCUCCACUCCCCUGCCGCCCCAUAACAAACCAAUCCUCAGUGCAGUGUGUUGUGAAAAUAGGGAUAGUGAAAAAGGGACUCCUGUUGACCCUUCUUGUAGUCAUAAUCUUGUGAGUGAGGAUGGGUGCUCAGUUGCAAAAGAGUGCAGUGAAGAAUAUGAUGGUAGUGACGAUGAUUAUGCUAGCAUCCAGAGGCCUGCCUUUAUGGUUGAUGGAGAACCUAAUUUUGAUUCUGGUCCACCAGAAGAUGGAUGGGAAUAUCUUAGGCGUGUCAGGUGGGAGGCACAUCAAAUUCCGAAAGUGAAGGUAGCAAAACUUGAUAGAGGUAAACUUAACAAGGAACAAAGUGCAUACAUGCCCCAGAUUCCUGAUAUUGCCAAUUGUCCAGAGUAUCUGCUGCCAUUGAAAGAGUGGGAGGAUGUGUUUCUUGCUGAGUUUUCUGCACUGAGAAGGAAUUUCUCAUGCCUUGAUGGUUCAAGUGCCAUACAUUCUGAAAAUCUUCAUGUUCAUUCCUCACAACUAGUUGGGAACAAUUGUGGAGAAUUUUCUAGUGCUAUGAGCAGAGAUGUGUUACUUAAUAAUCAUUUGAGAAUUGGGAAGACAAAUGAUCAACCAUCUAACUCGACUGCUGAAAAUAACGAUAGAACAUUGUCUCCAGAGAAUCCUGAAGCAAAAAGUUCAGCCGAUCAAACUUGCAGCAGCAGCUCCCCCACUCUGCCAUUGCUUUCUGUAAUCUUAGCAAUGGACUCUGUAGCCCGGGUAUCAAGUUUGUUGAAACGAAUUAGGUUGCUAGAGGCUGCAGGCACUAUGACAAGGAAUGAUUGCAUGUGGCUUUUUGCUCUCUGUGCAACAGUUGAUGCUCCACUAGAUGCUGACACUUGUGCUUCUCUCAGGAGUCUGCUAAGGAAGUGUGCCAGCAUACGUGCCGGAAAGGCUGGAUUGGAUGAGGAGGUUGUAAUGUUGAAUAUGUUGGCUACAAUUUCGGGGAGGUAUUUUGGACAAUCUGAAAACUGAAUUGAAUUCCCAGUUUGUAACUUUGUUAUGUUUUGGUAACUGGUAUGGAGCCAAUGACGUGUAUGCUAUCGUAAUAACUUAUUUGUUUAGCUGAUAACAUGGAGUUUCUUUAAUAUGUUCUUUUUUUUA